AUGUUCACGGGUGUUACUAAUAAUGAUCAUUCUUAUUGUGUUACUGGUGCAUUACUUCAGGAUGAAAUUUGUUCAAGUUUUGAAUGGUUUUUUGAGUCUUUCAUUCACAUUUUUGUUACUGCACCACAAACCAUUCUCACAGACAAUGACCUCCCGUAUUCCAUCUUAACUGAUAAGCAUAGCACCAAGCACGGCCUUUAUAUAUGGCAUAUGCUUAAGAACAUUAAGUCCAAUAUGACUUCUAAGCUUGGAUUAAAGUAUUCAGAGUUUUAUACAGAUCUUGUUAAGUUGGGCCCCAACAUACCUCAAAGACUAUUUCUUGUAAAUAAUGACUAUGCUGAAAUGAGAUCAUACUUAGAUGCCCUUAACAAGUGGCAUGAACGGUGGGCCCCAGCAUACCUCAAAGACUAUUUCUUUGCUGAUAUGUCAUCAACACAGAGGAAAAAAUCAAUGAACAAAUUAUUAAAGGGUUUCCUUGAUAGUAAAUCUAUGCUCACAGAAUUUCUUACAACAUUUGAACGGACACUUGAUGCUCAUGAGGAAGCUAAGCAGAUUUCGGCAUACAAGGAACUUGUUUAUUCCACCUGUUCAAUUUUACAAAAUUCUAUCAAAAAUCAAGCUGCCAAUUGUUUAACACA